AUGACUAAGCCCUCCACACUACCCACUGAGACCUUUCCCCCUAUUCCACCAAAACCACCGGAUAAAUCCCAAUCAGAUAUGGAAGAGGACAGAACACCACUAAUACCACCUUUAUCUUCGCAACCACUAUCCUACAAAGAUGUGGUCUUAGAAAAGGAAGAGAAUCUAGAAGCCUCCUAUCUACACGAAAUGGAUCGUGAAACUCACAUGAAAGACCAACUAGAAUCGCCUGCAGAUCUAGAUACGAUUACCCUCACGCCAGAGGAAAAAGAAAGGCUAUACCAACCAUGGAAAUACUCAGUCAUAGUCAAAGUAUUCGGGAAAAGACUGAGUCACCAAUACCUUAAAGGGAAAUUAACCGACCUUUGGAAUAUCGAUGAACCCCUAAAUCUAAUAGAUCUGGGGUUUGACUUCUAUGUAGCCAGAUUUAAAGAAGAGCAAAGCCUUCAAACUGUGUUAUAUGAAGGCCCAUGGUUCGUUGAAGGUCAGUUUUUAUCAAUCAAGAGAUGGGAACCAAAUUUCGUCCCAGCAGAGUCAAAAAUUGACACUGCGGCUAUAUGGAUUCGUUUACCACAACUGCCCACUAAGUUCUACGAUCAGAGAAUACUAGAGAAAGUGGGUAGAAGAAUUGGCCAACUAGUGAAGGCGGAUGCAUGCCCAUCCGCUACCCUUAGGGGAAGAUAUGUGAGGAUCUGUGUUGAAAUUAGUUUGGAUGUCCCUGUGAGAACUUCGAUCAUGAUUGGAUCGCAUAAACAACAAUUACUCUAUGAAGGGGAGGGAAUCAUGUGUGUGGGAUGUGGACGGAUUGGUCACACAAUUGACAACUGCACCUACAUCACCCCAAAAACCACAACAACUGAAGCUUGA